AUGAGAAGAUGUGAUCAGGACAUUUCCAUUAUUGGCACUAUUGAUGGUCUUCAAACUGCUAUUACUGCUGUUUAUGGUAGUAAUAGUGGUGGUACUAGAAGAGGUCUUUGGGAGCAUUUGAGGACUGUUGAGAAUGAGUUUCAAGACUGCUUGGAGGAGCUUGAUCUGAUGGACCAUCAUUUCCUUGGGCCUACCUUCACAUGGUCAAAUAGGCAGGAGGGUUCUUUUUUAGCUCGGAAGCUAGAUAGGAUUUUGGUUAAUACUCAGUGGUUGCUGGAUUACCCUGAUUCUUUUAUGGAAUUCAAAGCACAAGGGUUAAAGACUCCUGGCAAGUGCACUGUAAUGAAGGGUAAAAGAUCUAAGUUGGAGCAAAUUCAGAUUUUUAAUCUGACUCAUGUUGAGCAGAGAAGAGUUGAUGAGGAGAAAAGAGUUUAUGAUGAGCUUGUUAACUUGGAAAGGGUUGAAUCCAAUAAGAAAAGAAAUACCAUCAGAGUAAUUAAAGGUGAAGAUGGUCAAUUUUAUGACACUUUUGAGGGCAUGGCUGCUGAACUAGUGAGUUUUUUCACUAAUCUAAUUGGAGUUGAGGACCCUCUUGUCAAGAGCAGUUCUAUUGAAGAUCUGAAAGCCUCUUAUUUGUUGCCUGCAUUCAAUGCCACUGCCAUUGUUUUGGUUCCUAAAUCUCUUAAUGCAUGUCUAGCUAAAGAAUUUAGGCCUAUUUCUUGUUGUUCAGUAGUUUACAAAACUAUUACAAGAAUUCUAGUCAACAGACUUGCUCAUUUCUUUCCUAGUAUGAUAUCACUUAGUCAGUCAGCCUUUCUUAAGGGCAUGAACAUUGUUGAUAACACCUUGCUAGCUCAUGAAAUUAUUAAAGGCUAUUCUAGAAAGAGCCUUUCUCCUAGAUGUGCAAUCAAAGUUGAUUUACAGAAGGCUUUUGACUCUGUUUGUUGGGAUUUCUUAUUGAAGGUUCUUGUUGUUAUGGGUCUCCCUUGUACUUUCUGUAAUUGGAUUAAGGAUUGUAUUACUACACCUAUGUUCUCUCUUUCUUUAAAUGGUAGCUUGGUGGUGUUUUUUAAAGGAGCUAGGGGGAUUAGGCAAGGAGAUCUUUUAUCUCCUUACCUAUUUAUUUUAGCUAUGAAUGUUCUGUCUUCUCUCCUAGAUGCUGCUGCUAAGCAUGGUAUUUUUAAGUUCCACCCUAAAUGCAGAAGAAUAUCUCUCACUCAUCUCUGCUUUGCGGAUGAUCUACUUGUUUUUUGUCAUGGCUCUUUGGGUGCUAUCAUAUUGGAUACUGGGUUCAGGGUGGGACAGCUUCCUGUGAGGUAUCGUGGUGUGCCCCUAGUGACCCGCAAGCUCACAGGCAAAGACUGUGAAGCACUUCUGACCAAGAUAAAGGAUAAGCUCAGGAUUUGGUCUAACAAGAACUUGAGUUAUGGUGGCAGUGAUUUAUCAGCUAAAGGGGCUCGUGUGGGUUGGAGCCAGAUUUGCUCCUUGAAGUCUGAGGGUGGUUUGGGUCUUCGAAGCCUUGUGAUGUGGAAUAAAGCUUGUUGUUUUCUCCUUAUAAAGAACAUUUUGGCUAAUGAAGGCUCUCUGUGGAUUGCCUGGAUCAAUGAAUAUUGCUUCAAUUGGGGUGACAUUUUCAACUGGUUGAUUGCAAAUUUGAAGGGCAAAUCCCUCAGAGUUCAUAUCAUGAAGCUUGCUUGGACUGGUCUGCUGUAUUUUGUUUGGGAAGAGCGUAAUCAUAGACUCUUUCGAGGCUCGUCUCGCUCGGUUGAUGUAGUCGUAAAUAGCAUAAAAGAGGAUGUUAGAGUCAAAUUGUGUAGAUUUGGUUGUCCUAGGAUUGAAGAUGUUAACAGACAUUUAUAUUUGAACUGGGGUCUGUCUUGA